AUGGCUUUCUACCGCGGCAGCGGCAUGGGCAUGGGUAUGGGUAUGGGCAUGGGCAUGGGUGGCGGGUCUUCGUCGUCGUGGGCGCCGGCGGCGAUGCCGCCGCCGCCGCCGCCGCCCAGCAGGCCGUGGACCAAGGCGGAGGACAAGGUGUUCGAGGGCGCGCUGGUGGCGAUCCCGGAGCACGUGCCGAACCGGUGGGCGUUCGUGGCGGCGCAGCUGCCGGGGCGCACGCCGCAGGAGGCCUGGGAGCACUACCAGGCGCUGGUGGCCGACAUCGACCUCAUCGAGCGCGGCCUGGUCGAGCCCCCCGAGUCGUGGGACGACGACGACGACGGCGCCGCCGGCGGCGGCGGCACCGUCGCGGCGGGGCGCGGCCGCCCCCGCGGCUCCGGCGGCGAGGAGCGCCGCAAGGGCAUACCCUGGACCGAGGAGGAGCACAGGAUGUUCCUGGAGGGGCUGGAGAAGUACGGGCGCGGGGAUUGGAGGAACAUCUCGCGGUGGUCGGUGAAGACGCGGACGCCGACGCAGGUGGCCAGCCAUGCGCAGAAGUACUUCAUCCGCCAGGCCAACGCCGCCACCCGCGGCGACAGCAAGCGCAAGAGCAUCCACGACAUCACCAACCCGUGA